AUGGGCGGCACCGACGACGUCAAGGACGGCAAGCCUGCCAUGGAGAAGCAAGAAACUUCAGGCAGCCAGAGCGGCUUCUCUGGGUUUAUGGACGACCUGAAGGAGAAAUUCAGCGAGUCCAAGCUUCACGAUGCAAAGGUCGCCUUAAUUCACAAAAAACAUCAGAUUGGUAAAUUUGGAAAUUUGUUCAAUAAGGACCAUCGCCAUGACGAAGAGCAUGAGCAGCGAUGCGACGCGAAACGUUCUGCUAUUUGCGAGCAACACAGAUUUCAAUCCUUCUUCCCUGAACGUGACGGAAACCUAAUCAAGUGGUACGUCGACGGCUGCGACUAUUUUUGGGCUGUCUCUGUAGCCCUCGAGCAGGCCCAAGAGUCGAUUUACAUUUGCGACUGGUGGCUGUCACCAGAACUCUUCCUGCGACGACCUCCUUACCAUAAGCAGGAUUUCCGACUAGACCAAAUUAUUAAAAGAAGAGCCGAAGCUGGAGUUAAAAUUUACGUCGCCGUCUAUAAAGAAGUUGAGGCCGCGCUGACAUGCAAUUCCCGCCAUACAAAACAUGCUCUGGAUGCGCUUUGCCCAGAGGGAACGCCAGGUCACGGCAAUAUUCGCGUUAUGAGGCACCCUGAUCACAAUGUCUUUGAGAAUGCGGCCGACAUGACCAUGUACUGGGCUCACCACGAAAAAUUCAUCGUUAUCGACUACUCUAUGGCCUUUAUUGGCGGCCUGGACCUGUGCUUUGGUCGCUGGGACGCUCGCCAGCACCCACUGUCUGAUGUGCACCCAGAAGGUGUCUCGGAGGAAAUCUGGCCUGGACAGGACUUCAAUAACAAUCGCAUCAUGGACUUCCAAAAGGUCGCCGACUGGGAACAAAACGAGUUGAGCAAGGCCGAAUAUGGUCGUAUGCCAUGGCACGACGUCUCCAUGGCCCUUAUUGGCCCUUGCGUGUACGACAUUGCUGAACACUUUGUUCUUCGCUGGAACUUCAUCAAGAGAGACAAGUACAAGCGAGACGCGCGUUACGAUUGGAUAAUGCUGGAGGGCCGGGAGGGAGAGGAUGAGGACUUGGUAGGUGUCCAGCGGCCUAAGCAUCCUGUUGGCGACUACCUCAAACACCCAAUCUCGCCUUUAAGCACCAAGAAUCUUGAUAACAGAGGAACUGUUCGUGCGCAACUUGUGCGAUCCAGUGCGGACUGGUCCAGCGGAAUCUUGAAGGAUCAUUCCAUCCAAAAUGCCUACUGCGAGGUAAUUCGCAAAGCUGAACACUAUGUGUAUAUCGAGAAUCAGUUUUUCAUCACCGCCACCGGUGACCAGCAGUCACCUAUCCACAAUACCAUCGGACGAGCCAUGGUAGAUGCCGUAGUCCGUGCAGCUAAGGACGGUCGCAAAUUCCGCAUCAUCGUUAUUAUUCCUGCCAUUCCCGGAUUUGCUGGUGAUCUUCGAGAAAACGCUGCUUCCGGAACCCGAGCCAUCAUGGACUAUCAAUACAAGUCCAUUUGUCGUGGCGAGAAUUCCAUCUUUGGCCAGAUCAAGAAAGAGGGUGUUGAUCCCACACAGUAUAUUUUCUUCUUCAAUCUGCGAUCUUAUGACCGUCUCAACAAGACGCAUGCCAUUUGCGAGGCCGAAAAGAAAACCGGCAUCAGUUACCAGCAAGUACAGCGUGCUGAAGCCGAGGAGAUCAUGGCCAGCGGUGUCCACGGGUACGAGGAUAGUAGUUCAGACGAGGGCGAAGGCGGCAGCAGAUUUCAUGAUUUGAACCCGAAACACAAGCACGAUAGGGAGAAGCGGAAGGCUAACACGAGCAGCUCGCAACAAAAGGCAGCUGAGGAUGCCCAGCGCGCUCGAAAGAUUUUCGAGCAAGAGAAGCCAGAAGAGGAGGUCAUCUCAGCAGCAAGUGUUGCGCAUCAUGCCAUGAAGACUGAGUCUUCCCUACAGGACGAGCCUUGGGAUAAUCACGACGAUGAAGAGUCUGAGAUCAAGAACUGGAUUCAAGAAGAGCUUUACGUUCACUCGAAGCUGCUCAUUGCAGACGACCGUAUCGUUAUUUGCGGAUCUAGCAACCUGAAUGACAGAAGUCAGCUCGGCGACCACGACAGUGAACUCAGUAUCGUGAUGGAAGAUACACGCAAGAUACAAACCACUAUGGAUGGUAAACCAUAUGAAGCCGGCUACCACGCAGCCACUCUACGGAGAUAUCUCUGGCGGGAACAUCUCGGCUUGCUGCCACCACAAGAUCUCGACGCUAAGGACGAUAUUAACGCCCAACCCCCUACCGUUAAUCCCGAAAAUGAUAUCUAUGAUAAUGAUGAAUCGUGGAAUUUCGUGGCAGAUCCACUCGCCGACCAACUUUGGGAUACCUGGAUGGGACAAGCACAGAAAAAUACAAAGAUAUUCCGCAACGUAUUCCACGCAGACCCUGAUGACCACAUCAAAACAUUCGACGACUACGACCGCUACCUUCCUCCCAAAGGUGUUAAACAGGGCCACAUCUAUGAUCAAUUCAUGCCUGCGGAGGAGGCACGCCAAAAGUUAUCCCAGGUCAGGGGUCAUUUGGUGUCUAUGCCAAUGAUGUUUUUGCAAGAUGCAGAGAUGGCGGAGAGGGGGUUACAGGUGAAUGCUUGGACGGAGAGCGUGUAUACCUAG